AUGUUCGUUCGUAAAGAUAAAAAGUCUCUACUCGAAGCCCGAGAGGGAGUCUCUUCAAGAACGGCAGUCCGCGCGACUGAUUUGCACCACCCGCCGCCGCGUGGUCGCGACGUUAUAUUUCUCUCGCCACCCCCGGCCGUCGCGAUUGUCCGAGGAGUUUGUCGAUCGAUAUCCAGAUAUCUCAGCCUACGCUCCCUGCUCGGCCAUUUGCCUACCUCGACGCCUCAGGCUCGUGUGUACAUAACCCGUCCCCCAUCUCCCGAUACACCCCCGCAGAUUACCGCCUACAAAGCAAACUUCAUUGGUACGUGCAUGCAAUAUGCGCAAGGAGCCCGAAUUGCGGCCCAAACCAGCCAGAUUGCUUUGAUAUCCGAGCCAGCGGCGUAUUUAGCACAGGUCCGGGCGAGUUUUGAAUCAUUUAGCGCGGUGCGGCUCGAGCCCUGCGCGACUUCCGUCCGGCACGUGCGGCCCCCCGGGCCCCCGGACCUCGGGCCCCCGGACCCGGCGCCCGCUUUCAUCCAAGCUCUAGCACACGACGUCCGAGCUGCCUCUAAUUUGAAUUCACGGAGACUCCGCGACGCGUCCGCCGCGUCGGCCGCGCCCGACUUAAUGAAUCGCGAGUGGGGGUCAGGGCCCCCUGCCCGGGGGGUGUUGGGGGCCCCCGGGGGGUCUUGGGGGGUCGUGGGGGGCGAUCGGACGGCCACCGCAUCCUCCGCGCGGAUAAGUGACGCCCGUGUUGCUUGUACAUAG